UUGCAUACAUCCGGGUACUGGAUCAAUGGAUGCGCCCUUGUAGAACGGAGAUGUCAACAAAAUUUCUAAAUUUUUCGUGCAAUUUUAGGCACGCCUUUGUGCUUCCACAUGGCCAUCAGGUGCAAUGGUUUCCAGGACACAUGCAGAAAGGAAUCGCUCAGUUGUUGUCACGUCUGCGCUCAAUAGACUGUGUUUUGGAAAUACACGAUUCACGGGUUCCGUUCUCGGGACGAACCCCUUUGUUCAAAGACCUGAUGAAAAUGAAAGCGCACGUUUUACUAUUGAAUAAAUGUGAUCUAGCAGAUAUUAGCAGAAAAAAUGAUAUUGUUCAUAGACUGAAGGAAGAAGGAGUAGAUAAAGUUUUGUUCACAAAUUUAACCGAUCCAAAAUCUAAAGUGAUCAAAAGAGAGCUGUUUCCAGUCAUUGUGGAGGCGAUUCACAGUAAGCCACGCUUUAAUCGAGAGACUUCACAGGAUUAUGAAAUGGCUGUGAUUGGUGUGCCAAAUGUAGGGAAGUCAACUUUCAUUAAUUAUGUCAGACAUACUCACACAACAAUGAAGAAAAAAUCCUUAAAAGUUGGGGCUAUAGCUGGUGUUACAAGAUCCGUAUCAGGAAAAAUCCGCGCGAACUUUAACCCCCCAGUUUACCUAACUGAUACUCCUGGAAUCCUCACACCGAGGGUCUCUGAUGUGGAGGAAGGUAUGAAAUUGGCACUGUGUGGGUGCGUUCCAGACCAUGUAGUUGGUGAAGAUUUAGUUGUGGACUUUAUGCUGUAUUGGUUCAAUAAACAUAGGGACUUUAGGUAUAUGGAACAUUUCAAUUUACCUGAACCAACAGACGAUGUUACUGUGCUGUUAAACCAUGUCGCAAAAGAAAAUAAUUUUAUUAAGAGAAUGAAGUCUAUAGAUUCCAAUAACUAUGAUUAUUUCCCAGAUUAUAUUGCAUCUGCAAGAUUGGUUUUAAAGCAGUUCAGAGAGGGGGCUUUAGGUCCUGCUUUAUUAGACGAUAUUUGACAUUUUCUUUCUACUGAGCUUAAAAUUAAAAAUAUUUGAUGAGAAAUAUAA